CGCCUUCACGACUAUUCUUAGUAGCUUGUUAUGCUUGGGCAACUUGAAUUUUUGGCUGGACUCGUACUCUUAGGCUUAACUUUAGCUCUGUCGAGUACAAUUCUAUUCCGCGGGGCUCAACAACUUCCCCCAGGGCCUCCGCCGAAAACGAUCUCAGGAAAUAUUCAUCAGAUGCCAAGAGUCGCGCCUUGGACUACUUUCGCUGAAUGGUCGAAGCAAUACGGGAGUGCAAUAAUUCACUACAGAUUUUUCGGGCGGCACUUUAUAGUGUUGAACAGCGUCGAAGCUGCUUUGGCGCUUCUUGAACAUCGCUCUAAUAUAUAUUCGGACAGACCGGUCGUGUGGAUGUAUAAUGAACUAGCUGGACGUGGAAUGACUGUCUUCUCCGUCUCUUCGCAACACCCCCAUCAUAAAAUAUAUCGACGGCUGCUUCAGUCAGGUCUCAAUCCGAGAGCAGUUCAAGGCUAUCAAGGUAUUCUAGAGCGGGAACUGCAUAUUCUCUUAGAGGGGCUUCUGAAUACACCCGAAAACUAUGUGAAGCAUCUUCGACGGAACGCUGGCGCAGUAGUAUUAGAUCUCGCUUACGGAUGGCCGGUCACCAGUGAUGAUGACUACUUCGUUUCACUCAUGGAGGAGGCGUUCGCCCUUCAUAAGCAGGUAGUUCAGCCUGGCCGAUGGUUAGUCGAAGUAAUGCCCUUCCUGCGAUUCGUUCCAUCUUGGAUGCCGGGGGCCCACUUCAAGAGAUUUGCGUUUUCUGUUCGUGCGCGUAUGAAGGCAAUUGAUCAGGAACCGCUUAAAUGGACGAAGGAACAGAUGGCAAGCGGCAACGCCAAGGAUUCAUUUACAUCCCAACACCUUCAGCCUCAAGAUGGGCAUUAUGUUGAUAACAAUGAGGAACGUAUGAUAGCCUGGUGUUCGUCUGCUUUAUAUGCUGGAGGUGCAGAUACUACGGUUUCAAUAAUGCUAUCUUUCAUCGCGUUGAUGAUACAAUAUCCAGACGUACAGAAGAAGGCCCAAAACGAAAUUGACUCUGUGUUGGACGACCAUCGUCUUCCCAACCUCGACGACCAAUCCUCUCUUCCGUAUGUGUCAGCCCUCUUCAAGGAGAUAUUACGGUAUUCCCCAGCGGCUAGACUGGGCCUGCCUCAUCGUGUCAUUCAAGAAGACACCUAUAACGGAUACAGGAUCCCCCAAAGUAGUACAGUUAUGGCAAAUAUCUGGGCAAUAUGUCGCGAUCCCUCAGUGUAUACUAACCCGGAUAUUUUUGAUCCCAACCGGUUUCUUACAAGAAACGAGAUGGACCCACGGAAGCUUGCGUUUGGCUUCGGAAGACGGGUCUGCCCUGGUGCUGGAUUCGCCGAAACAUCUGUUAUUCUCAACAUUGCCAACAUACUUGCCUGCUUCAACAUCCUAAAACCUGUUGACGUCAACACAGGUGCAGAAUAUUGUCCAGAGAUAUCCUAUACCACGGGUGUAACGAGCCAUCCUUCUCCGUUCCAAUGUCGCAUUGUUCCGAGGCCUAGGUCCAGCGUCCAUUUGCACGGCGUUUAACGUAGUUGACUUAUGGUGUUUUCCAUUUACGGUUCAAGUUGCCUCGGUUCAAAUCAAUGUAUCUUUGGACAGCCAAAUGCGAACAACAUUGUGUGUUCCAAGUUUUGAGUCAAACUCAACAUCUUCGAGUCGCUGAAGUUAGAGAAUCGCGGAAACCACAGUGGAACACAACGCUCAUAUAUCCUCCAUUGAACAACAACAGUAUAUCCCGUAGACCCCGAUGAAUUCUCAAAAUCUAGCCACACUUCUGCCUCGGGCCUGUUACUACUAACACGGGCUGAUUCAAAGCAGGUCCGGCUGUCAAAGCAUGAGUAGACGACCGGAUGGUGCCGGCCCCGAAGUCACCGCAACAGCCGGCAAUCAGAUCGACUUUCUCAAAGAACCGGAGAGUAUUUAUGGGAAGUUCAAG